ACAGGUUGUAUAGGAAAGCAAAUAUGGUUGGACUUGAUGCAACAUACUUCGCACAGAGUCAAACUGAUUGUUAGAAAGGACUCGUUAUCAAAACUGGAUGACAACAUAUGGAAAAUGUAUUCACGCAGAAUUCAAGUUUUGAUGGCUGAUUUAACAGACAUUCUUAGUUUAAGAAACCAACUUUUGGAUGUCGAUUGUGCUAUUCUAACGGCUACGAGUUGGGGUGGUGAACAAGCUUUCCAAGUCAACGUCGAGGCAACAUUCCAACUUUUCAACUAUCUACCAAAGGAUUGUCAUAUUUUAUAUUUCUCUACUGCCUCUAUUAUAGACUCCAGUGGAUGUUUGUUAGAAGAAGCUUAUCGGUAUGGAACUACAUAUUUACAAUCCAAAUAUGUGGCAUUGCAGAGAAUGCUACGCUAUCAUUCUCAUCGAAGAAUAACUGUCAUAUUUCCUACGUUGGUUGUGGGACCCAAUAGUCAUCUAGCCAAUGUGUCUUCACAAAUCACGCCUUGGAAAGGUUUACUUCGACUCAUUGAUUUGGAUGCUAGUGCUCAUUUUAUCCAUGCAAUAGAUGCUGCAAAAGUCAUCACUUAUUUGGUAGACUUUAACCCAAAGCCCUCAUUUUACACUUGGCAUUCUUCUUCUGAUCCUCCAAAAAAACUACCUGCAGUUAUCUUGGGUCAACCUUACUUCACUGCAGAUCAACUCAUUCAGUCGAUGUGUUCCAGUAGUAAGAAGAGGAGAUUUUUUUCCAUUCCGAGGAUUCCAGUUCUCUCAUUGCUUCCACCGUUGUUGAUAGCUCGUUUGCUUUCACUAUUUGGUGCUACUGUAGAUCCUUGGGUGAUGUAUUGUUUGAAAAAACGACAUUUUGUUUAUCCAGAUGCAGUGGCACCCGAAAAUUUUGGUUUGAUCCUAAUACAGAUGGGAGUAGAAGCGUUUCUCACAUUCAUUCGGGUAACUUGGAUGAGUUCCACCUUGUUACAACCUAUCCAUAGUGAAGAAGAAUGGAAACAACUCUGUUGGACUGAGCAAGGUUGGAAGCCCAGUAUCAUCGGUUUUGGAGCAUCCUGGUCACAACCUUGUGUCCAUGUGAGAGAAGUAUUGGAAACACUUGCUUCCGUAGCUCUAGAAAGAGGUCGUUCUUUAGUGUUCGGGUUUUGUGAAGUCGAGGAGGGCAACUCUUUUGCAACUGCGUGGGGAAUAACAAACGUACCGUCGGUUGUGUUGUCACGCGAUGGAGAGUUGGUCAACGUUCUACAAGGUGCGGACCCACCGACAAUCACACGUGCUUGCCGAGAUUUUAUGGAAGACUGCCAUCUUUCUUUGAAUGAGAGACUAGAGAAACUUGUUCACCGACAACCUAUUAUGCUAUUCAUGAAAGGAACCCCUGAUAAGCCACUUUGUAAGUUUAGCAGGAGAAUGAUUGAAAUACUCAAAGGAGAAGGAGUGAUUUUCGGUCACUUUAAUAUCCUCGCAGAUUAUCAAGUACGAGAAGGUUUAAAACGAUAUGCAAACUGGCCCACAUAUCCACAACUAUAUGUAAAUGGAGAGUUGAUAGGAGGAUUGGAUAUUGUGGAGGAGUUGUAUCAAGCAGGAAAGUUGAAGGAAGAAUUGCAUCUACCCGGAUGACAUAGUACUAGCGUUUCUUUUAUAAACAACAACAUAGCUUCCUUGACUGUGAUUUUUCCAUCAGUGGAAUGUCGAAAAGAUAU